AUGGCUGGUAGAAAUGCUAUAAAUAAACCAAAAAUUAAAAUGUUGGCACAAUCUCAUGCUAAAUCAUUAGGUAAAAAAAGAGCUAAUCGUAGAACUAUAGCUACAAGAUCAUCAACUUCAAGAUAUGCCGAAAAACAUUUAACAGCACCUAGACCAACAGAUUCAAAAGCAGUAGCUUUAUUUACUGGUCAAACUCCUUCCCCUGUUUCAAUAAUGACUACAACGACUUUGUCAAAUAAAAGAGCUAAAAAAAUUGCUAGAAAUCAAAAAUAUUUACAAUCAAAAUUAGAUGAAGAUUUAAAAAUGAAAGAAGAAGAUGAAGAAAUACAACCAUCAAAAUUAGAAAAUAUAAAGAAAACUUUAUGGAAAGUUAUAGAAAAUUAUGAACAAUUUGGAUAUCAGAUAAAACCAGAUUCUGAAGGCACAACUUUAGGUAUACAGUCAUUUUAA